AUGGUUGCAAAAAGAAUAUGGAUGAGAAGGAAUGAAUUUGUGUUUAAGCAGGAAUUUAAGAGCCCAAAUUCUUUAGCAAAGCUGGUUAUUUCUGAUUUAAGAGAUAUGAGGAACAUGCAAAUGAAAAACUCAACAAGAGAUCAAAGAUUGCAUAACCAGAAUGUUAACUGGUCUCCUCCCCCUCUUCACGUCUGGAAGAUCAAUUGGGAUGCCGCGGUUGAUAAAGCAAAAUGCAAAGUGGGUAUUGGGAUCAUUGUAAGGAAUCAUACGGGGAGUGUGGUGGCAACCUCAAGACUUAAUAGACCACUCUAUCCGGAUCCUGCACUAGCAGAAGCUAUAGGUGCUUUGGAAGCCGCCAGACUUUGUCACCACUUGGGCCUCACGAAUAUUAUCCUGGAAGGGGACGCGCUUCAAGUGAUUCAAGCGAUCAAUAGCAGGAGCGAGAAUUGGUCUUCAACUGGGAUGAUUAUGGAAGAUGUAAAGGGUCAACUGAGCACUUUUGAGAGCUGGUCUGCAAUCCACAUACGUAGAGAGGGAAACAAGGCAGCACAUGAGCUGGCCAAGAAUGCACUUGUAACAUCUACGUCUUCCUUAGAUGUAGACUGUAUUCCCUCUUGUAUAAUCAACUUCAUUUAA